AAUAAGAAAAUUUUACUAAACUUUGUCUUUAAAUGGUUUUCCCAUGUUUACAUUAAAAGGAGAUGGCGAUAUAGCUGGAUAUUUUUUGUCCGAGAGAAACCAAAUAUUCUUUAUUUACCAUGGACGAACAAGGCUGUCCACGAUGUAAAACUACAAAAUAUCGGAAUCCAUCCUUAAAACUUUUGGUCAAUGUCUGUGGUCAUUCUUUGUGUGAAAACUGUGUUGAUCUGCUAUUUAUACGAGGUUCUGGUGCAUGUCCUGAGUGCAAUACAGCACUCCGAAGGAACAACUUUAGGGUUCAACUUUUUGAAGAUACCACAGUUGAAAAAGAAGUAGACAUACGAAAAAGGAUUUUAAAAGACUUCAACCAGAGAGAGUCUGACUUCUCUUCCUUAAAUGAAUACAACGACUAUUUAGAAAUGGUAGAAACUCUUAUUUAUAACCUGAGCAACAAUAUUGAUGUAGAAUCAACAAAAAGGCGAAUUGAAAACUAUCGCAAAGAUAACAAGGAACAAAUAAUGAAGAAUCGAUCAAAAGUGAGCCAAGAUGAAGAAUACUUAGAUAUGUUAUUGGAUGAAGAGAUUCAGAAUACCGAAAAACGUUUAAAAGAAACUUUUGAAAAUGAGCAAAAAGAAAAACAGCUCAAAAGAAAAAACAAGGAACUACUUUUGGAUGAACUUAUGUCAUCUGACCUACCUGCGCAGUAUAUAAUGGCAUCACAUAAAGAUUUGUUAGAACCUACCUCAGGUGUACCUAAAGCUCCGACUACACAGUUCUCAACAGGAAUUAAAAUUGGCCAUCACCAAGAUAAAUAUCUACCUAUACCAGCAACAGAAUCUGCUCCACUUUAUCAGUACACACCUCUUCUGAUUACAAUGCUUGGACCCAAAGUACCAACAGUACAAGAAUUGCAGUUACAUGGGUACCUUAAAAAUAUUCGGUCAGCAACAGCAAUGGAACUUGCUGGAGGAUUCCAUGAUACUGUUGGCUGCAAGAGAGCAUUGGAAGAUGCAUUUUGUGGACUUUAUUUCUAAUGCAAACUUUCAUCAUUCAAUUUACUUGUCUUUUAUUCAUUUUUUUUUUGUUAUAAUAAAAACAAAUUAUUUUCUGAUCAUAAAUUA